UUGCUGCAUGUUUUGUUGAGGAAUGUGCUUCCAUGCUAAAAAAUCCUUUGCCUCAGGCAUCCUACAUCACUGGGUGAAAAGGAGGAAUGGAGAUUGAAAGCUUUUUGUAUAUUUUCAGAAGUAAACUCAGGGCUUCACACAGCCUUUGAGCUUUGCAUUGCCUCGGCUAUCCUUCCGACUGCUUUGCUGGACGCGCUCUUUGAUGACACUACUUAUGUACAACAAUAUCUGGUAUCAAAGGACCUCUCUGCGCCAUUCAAAAUGUGUAAAUUUCCUCCAUUCACUCAUUAUUUUAGCAGCUGUACGUGAUAGGACAGUUCACCCGGCUCCGCUUGAGUGAGCCUCCAUUGUGAUCACUAUCAAGGGCUCCACAAAUGAGGACCGGUUCUGUGUCGUGAUGCGUGACAGUCCCGUAGCUGAGGUGUCUGUUCACAAACAGUCUACCGGGCCUAGUCACCCCCCGGGUGUCACUGCGGGUGACCCGCACGUUCAAGUUCCCCUCUUGGCUGGAAGCUCCGGCGUGUCUGAGCCCGUUCCCCUGCGACCUCGCGCCCCGGCUCCAGUUGCCACUCGUGCUCAAAGAUGGAAGGAGCUGAAGGUGGACAUCAGCCCUCCCUGUAAUAACACUAAGCCUGCCUCGAAGCGGAAUGGACCCAGUGAACGCAGGCUCAGGAGUUCAGACGUGGCUCCUGGAGCAGGUCACAACACGGAGAAAUGCGGUUGCAACCGUCUCCCGGCAUCUGGGAAGGCAGCGCGGGACCGCUUGGACCUGCCGAGGGUAGUGAAGCACAAGCCCAGUGCCAUUGUGUUCUGUGAUCACGAUUGUAGCCCUGACAACCAGGCGGCGUCUGGCGGCGGAGAUUCCUCCCCAUCCGCCGCUGAGGACGACGGCGGCGACGACGACGACUUUCCCCAGGCGUCACAAUACAAGGAAUUCCUGGUCAGUCGUCACAGGAGGAACUUGAGCAGGAACAGGAAGUGCACGAGGAAGAGGCAGGAUGCACAGCCUAACGGUGCAGCGGCUGGCAGCUGGCAAAAGACCACCAACAAGGGCACACCUGCGUUCACAGGUGACCUGGAGGGAGAGGAACCUCCGCGCAACAACGGGAAACAGGCUGCUGAGGGAGACUCCAUGACCCUGUUGAUGAAAAAGUUGGAUCACCUCAAUGAGGGGAUCCAGGAAGUCCAAAGCGCUGACUCCAAUGCUGAAGAGGAGCAGCAGAGCAACGCGGGGGCUUCGGUGGCGGGCGGGGCGGCGAGUCCAGCGCCACCUCAGGACGAAGGAACCACCACAGCUUCGGAGAAGCUUGAGCCGCUGACCAGGCGGCGCUCCCGACCUUUGACCCGCAGCAGGCCGCUGACCCGCUCGUCCCUCUCGUCCCCUACGCAUCUGCAUGCUCGACGGGUCAGGGCUGCUUCCAGGAUGACCGGUGGAUCGGCAGAGAUUGAGGCAAAGGAGGCUUGUGAUUGGCUUCGAGCGGCGGGAUUUCCACAGUACGCACAGCUGUAUGAAGAUUCCCAGUUUCCAGUUGACAUUUCCUCUGUGAAAAGGGACCACGACUUUUUGGACCGGGAUCUGGUUGAGCCUCUAUGCCGACGUCUAAAUACUCUGAACAAGUGUGCUUCCAUGAAACUGGAUGUCAGCCACCCCAAGAAGAAAGGUGAUGACUCUGAUGAAGACGACCCAUUGGCCAUCAGUAAAAGGUGGACAUUCGAGAGGAGCAGCCGACGUUGGUCGCGCCUGCAAGACUUCCUGUUGGACAACACCCCUGAGAGCAGUCGGACAGGUGCAGGGGGGGGUCUGAUGCACAGCACAGUGAGCAUCGAGAGUGUGCUGACGGACCUGAGCGAGACGGAGAACACCGACGUCUCCUCGUUGCACAGCGAGGACUCCGCCUCCGCCCUGCCCGACUCUAUAUCCAUGGCAUCUCUCUCUGCUUCCUACCACCCCCCCAGGGACCUUUCGCACUACAACUCCCUGCCAAUCAAGGGCAGCCGCCACGGGCCUGGCGGGCGGAGCAAAGCCAAGGAGUUUUUGCGGCGCAUGGAAAUGAUGCGCACUUGGGGGCCGUCGACGAAGCGGAGGAGCUCGAGUCGCAGGGCGCCGCUGGUCAUCAGUGGGCCGGUGCUGCAGGGGGAGGAGCCUCUUGCGCUGCAGGUGCUCCAGUGCACUCCCAUCAGCCAACUGGAACACAACCACCAGGCCGAUAGCGACGCCGCCCCCGUCUCGCUCGCCGAUGUCUUUAAAGACCAGUCCGCACGGAGCGUUAGCCCCAGCAGCGAGGCGGCGGCGGCGGCAGCGCCCGACGCGCGCGAUCCUGCGCGCGCAAAGCGCCACGCAGGCGGCAAGCGAAGCAGCAUGUAUCUGGAGGACAUUGAGCUGGUUUCUCAGAGUAGGAGGACUGAAGGACAAAAGCAGUUUGGCAGAAACCAGUUCCGCUCGUAUGAAAACCUCCUCGUUCACAUCCCCAAAGACCACAAACCGGGCACCUUCCCAAAAGCUCUGUCCAUAGAGAGUCUGGCGCCUUCCCCGGGUCACGGUAACAACGGCGUUCUGACACGGUCCCGAGCCUCCCCACCCAACAAUGGCCCGGCUGAGCCCUGGUCCGGCGGCGCUCUGUCCAAGCCUCCCUGUCCCGGAGCUCCACGCGGCAGCAGAGCGAGCGUUUAUGACAACGUGCCGGGCUCCCACCUUUACGCCAGCACAGGGGACCUGCUGGACUUGGAGAAAGAGGACAAUCUGUUCCCUCAUCUAGACGACAUCAUCCAACAUGUCAGCGGUUUGCAGCAAAUAGUGGACCACUGGAGCCGCAGCGUGCUGCCUGACGAUGGGGAGGGGGAGGAGGAGGAGGAGGAGGAAGGUGAGGGCAGGACCACCCCCAGCGAGGGCGAGAGAGACGGGGUGUCCUUGAUCGACACCGAUUCGAUGGGAACCGGUCGGGAGAGGCGGGACUCUGGAGUCGGGGCCUCGCUGACCAGACCCCGCCUACGAUGGCCCAGUUUCAGAACCUCCGAUCAUCUCAACCAGUCGUCAUCUUCACUGCAGAUCAGAAGCCAAUCAGCAGGACAGCUCAGCCUGCUGCAGAAGUUCUCUUUGCUCCGGCUCACCGCCAUCAUGGAGAAAUACUCAAUGUCUAAUAAACAUGGCUGGACAUGGUCUGUGCCCAAGUUUAUGAAACGCAUGAAGGUGCCAGACUACAAAGAGAAGAGUGUGUUUGGGGUUCCCCUCAUCAUCCAUGUCCAGCGCUGUGGUUUCCCACUCCCUCUGUGUUUACAACAGGCCCUCAGCCACCUCAGAACACACUGUCUGGACCAGGUGGGAUUGUUCCGAAAAUCGGGCGUGAAGUCACGUAUUCAGGCUCUAAGGCAGCAGUGCGAGUUGUCCCCCGACUCCGUGAGCUACGAGGACCAGUCGGCUUACGACGUGGCCGACAUGGUCAAACAGUUCUUCAGAGACUUGCCGGAGCCUCUGCUAACAAGCAAGCUGGGGGAAACCUUCCUGCAUAUUUACCAGUACGUCCCAAAGGAGCAGCGGCUGCAGGCCGUCAGAGCGGCGAUCCUGCUGAUGCCAGAUGAAAACAGGGAGGUUCUGCAGGCGUUGCUCUACUUCCUGCAUGAUGUGACUUCCUUGGUGGAGGAGAACCAGAUGACGCCGAUGAACCUGGCCGUUUGUCUGGGACCGUCGCUCUUCCACCUCAGCAUACUGAAGAACGAGACCCUCUCCCCAAGGUCAAUCCAGAGGAAGUACACCACGGGCCGUCCCGAUCAGAAGGAUUUGAGUGAGAACCUGGCAGCCACCCAGGGUCUGGCUCACAUGAUCACCGAGUGCCAGUGUCUCUUCCAGAUCCCGGAGGAGAUGGUGACCCAGUCUCGCAACUCCUACAUGGAGGCUGAGCUGAUGGUGCCCCCGCUGGACGAGCUGUGCAAGGCGCACGAUGAGGAAGGGGACGGGGACGAGGAAGAGGAGGACGAGGACGGAUCCUAUCGUGCACACCUAGAAAGGCUGGUCCAGAACUUGCUUGAAGAGGCCAAAGAUAAGAGCAAAGGCUGGGUGUCUCGCUCGCCCACUGACCACACAGAACUGGCAUUCAAAAAGGUGGGAGACGGAAACCCUCUGAGGCGAUGGCGAGUGUGCGUCGAGGUGCCGGCGACUCCGCGCGAGGUGCUGCAGCGGCUGCUGAGAGAGCGCCCCGUCUGGCGUACUGAUCUACAGCAGGAGAAGGUUCUGGAGACGCCGGAUAAGCAGACAGACGUGUACCAGUGCUCCUACUACAACAUGGCACCUCAACCCAGCAGUGACUAUGUCGUACUGAGAUCAUGGCGUACAGACCUGUGUAAAGGCUCCUGUGCGCUGGUGUGUGUGUCCGUGGAACACGAUGACAGCCCACGCAUGGCAGCAGUGAGGGGGGUGGUGCUGGAGUCCCAGUACCUCCUGGAGCCCUGUGGGACUGGGGGCACCAGACUCACGCACAUCUCCAGAGUGGACCUCAGGGGAAGAUCUCCAGAAUGGUACAACAAAGUAUUUGGUUACCUGUGUGUGAAUGAAGCUCAGAGGAUCCGGUCCUCUUUUCACCCACCAGAUCUGACGAGCACCGAGGCCAAGAUCUGAACGUUAAUCUUAGGUCACACUGCAAGAGCAGCUGACUCUGAGAACUCAGGAGGGAAAUUAGUACCUUUUCACAGCGCUGAGCCGCACUCAGCUGUACUGUACCAUACUGUACUGAGUUACCAUCGUUCACACAAAUGCACGUUUUUGCCAUGCAUUCCUUUCAUUUUGCAUAACAACAAAUUGCUAGUUUAUAUAAAACAGCUAAUUUGAGUACUUUUUUUCUGGAUCAUUCUUUGACAUGUUCGUCGGCUAAUCAGAUAUCUUGCAACAAAAUGUUUUGACUGGAACCGUUCGGAAAAAACUUUUCUUCUAAGAUGUUUUAUUGAAUAGACUUAAAAAAACAGAACGCAUAUACUUUAGAUCUGUUUUUAUCAGUCAAUCAAAAUUGACAUUAAAUAACUAACAUAGAAUGACAUCAACCAACCAAAGAAUUGCAAUUCAGCGUGAGGACAAGUACAUCCAGUGCUAAAAUUAUUCAUAAUAAUCAAUAUUAACAUCUUGCAUGUUAAGAUGGAAUAAUCUUUAAAAUGUCUUUUAAUUAUUUCUUUCCAACCAUAAACCAAUGCUUGAAAAACGCCCUGUUAUUUAGAAUGACCAGGACCAGUACAGUAUGGCUACAUGUCAGCAUUACAUGGUUCAGUGAGGGGUCUGGAUCUCAGAAAGGAGAAACGUUCAUCAGGUCCAUAAAUGUACUGUUUUGGAAACAUUGUGUUGGAUAUCACUGUUGAUUUACUUCUAUCACUAUUCUCAGUGUUAACCUUAUUUAAAUGUUAUUUUAAAGUUAUCAUUGUCAUUAUAUACGCGUAUACUCUAUCACCUUUUUUAGCUGUCAUGUUAUACAAUGUCUAAGACAUGUGACCAUUUCACUGCUUCUGGGAAGCAUGUUUGAAAUUGUGUGUGUGACUGUGUGUGGCGGGGGGGGAGUGCAUGGACGUGCCCGUGUAUCUGCACUUUAGAUAUACGUAUAGCCUUUAUUGUAAAUAUAUAUAUGACGCUUUCUGUGCCAGCGGAUCAAAAAUUCAUAGCUUUUCAGGGUCUUCCUAUCAUAUUGAUAUGCUGAAAUGUGAACUUUCCAUACGUCAUCCUACUCAAGCAAUAGCAGACUAAAACUUGCUCUGCCAUGGCCUAUUUUUUGUUUUGUUUCGGCUGUCGACGUUGCUAUGGUGUUGCUAAGAUACAAUAUCUCUACAGUGCCACCAAUACCCUGCGUGGAGACUGUUUGCUGGUGUGCCGUGUGUGUGUGUGUGUGUGUGUGUGUGUGUUUGUUUAAAUAUGUGUGUAUGAGAGAGACAGAAAUAGUGAGCGAGUGACUUUGACGUGAGCCGUCAGCUGCGUGGGAAGAGGCUCCAAACCCAUCUGCGUAGCUGAGACCAGUGGUUAUUUCUGGCAAAGUGACAGAAAACUGAACCAUUGUUACUAAACAACAAAAUAAAGAAAUCCAAGAAUUC